AUGGGCGCCGAACUAUCGAGGACAUCUCUGUCUGAGGAGGAAGAACGAGCCUGCCAGCAGAAAGGAAGGGACAUGGUGCUGGACAAUCUCUACGGGCCUUCUAGAAAGCGUGCGCCGGCAAGAAAAGAUUCCGUCGCCAUACUGACCUGCGACGAGCUCAUCGGCGCAAAUGUUGCACUCGUCACAUCUCACUUCGGGGUAGAGAGCUUUGAAGGAACUGCGCAGAAUCCAGCGGUAUGCGAGGAGAGUGAGGACGACAAGGACGAGGAAGAUGGUACCACAGUUGUGCCAAAAGAGGACGAAGGCGACUCCUCGAACGGGAUGUCAUCAGACGAUGAAGAGCCCGACGAACAUCCUUCCCCUGACUAUCAGAACUCGGCUCUGAGGACUCCGCAGGUGCUAAUGGGCGCAUUCGAAACGACAGCGAAGAACGCGAGGAAGCCACACCAAUGA